GCAUCUAAAUGAAUGAUUUAUAACUAAUAAAACCCACGUGCGUUUCAUUUCGACGAAUAUGAUUAACUGAUUCAAAAACUGUAAUUGAUGUAUAAAAAUAUGAGUAGAGUGAUCUAACCUUUAUUUUGUAGUAUCUCAUGCUCUGAUGUGAGUCGAGGAAAAUGGCUACUGCUGUGCUGAGGAAUGUUCUGCGGAAAUCCACAGGAUUUUCAGCAGAUGGAUCAAAUUUUUUACAACUUGGAAGCCCUUCCUAUACCCUCAGCAAGCGAAAUGCCGGUCACUUUCCUUGGAUGCCUGACUACGAAUAUAUGAAACAGUUGGAAGGACAUUUUUGCUACACCUUCGAUGGUCCCGUAAAAUGGCAGUUUCCGAAGACAAACGCCCCAGUGAAGCCACUUGAAAGCAAAAUCAGCAAUGUGAAAUUAAAUUUUGGGCCUCAACAUCCCGCAGCUCACGGUGUGCUGCGUUUAGUGCUGGAACUUGACGGGGAAAUUUGUAGAGGUGCUGACCCACAUAUUGGACUCUUACAUCGAGGAACCGAGAAGCUGAUAGAGUAUAAAACGUACAUGCAAGCUUUGCCAUAUUUUGACCGUUUAGAUUACGUUUCUAUGAUGUGCAACGAGCAAUGUUUCUCUAUGGCCAUUGAGAAACUUCUGAAUAUCGAAGUUCCCCUUCGUGCGAAGUACAUACGAACUCUGUUCGCUGAGCUUACGCGCAUCCUAAAUCACAUUAUGGGCAUCGGAACUCACGCCUUGGACUGUGGAGCUCUCACUCCUUUCUUCUGGCUAUUCGAAGAACGAGAAAAAAUGAUGGAGUUUUACGAACGUGUAAGUGGUGCACGUAUGCACGCAGCUUAUGUCCGACCUGGAGGCGUUGCUCUCGACAUGCCUCUUGGUUUGAUGGACGAUAUUUACGCAUGGGCCUCACAAUAUAGCGAACGUAUCGACGAAGUAGAGGAUAUGCUCAGCGAAAAUAGGAUCUGGAUCCAAAGAACUCAAGGCAUUGGUGUAAUCAAGGCUGAUGAUGCUCUCAAUUUAGGCUUCAGUGGAGUUAUGCUGCGAGGUUCUGGAAUAAAAUGGGACUUGAGGAAAACGCAGCCUUAUGACGCUUACGAUUUAGUUGACUUCGAUGUCCCUGUAGGAAAAAAUGGAGAUUGUUAUGAUAGGUACCUAAUCCGAAUAGAAGAGAUGCGCCAAUCCCUGAGAAUAAUCCUUCAGUGUUUAAAUCAAAUGCCAGCUGGUGAGGUGAAAGUUGACGAUGCAAAAAUCGUACCUCCUAGUCGAAAAGAGAUGAAAGAAAGCAUGGAAGCUUUGAUUCACCACUUCAAGCUUUUCACUCAAGGUUUCCAAGUUCCUCCAGGAACAACUUACACCGCAGUCGAAGCACCCAAGGGUGAGUUUGGGGUCUAUCUUGUCAGCGAUGGCAGUAGCAAACCAUACAGGUGCAAAAUUAAGGCUCCCGGAUUCGCUCAUUUGGCCUGUCUUGAAAAAAUUGGGCCUGGCCACUUUUUAGCGGACAUCGUAGCCAUUAUCGGUACUCUCGAUGUUGUAUUUGGGGAGGUUGAUCGAUAAACUGUAUCAGUUUCAGUACUAAGCUCACUGCAGUUAUUUUAUGAAAAUACAUUGUAUAGUAGAAAACAUAUGUACCACCAAAUAAAUAAAUACAAUCUUUAAUUAUUCAAUGUUC